GAAAAGCUUCACUGGAAAAUGGUCUGUCAAAGAAAUCUAAAAUAAAUAAUACUCAAUGGAACAUCAGGCAGAUAUGGGGGCUUACGGUGAAAAUUCUAACGUACAGAAUAAUAGUAAUUACAUUACCAUAAUUCCAGUGGAUUAUUCAAGGCGUGGUUACCCAAUGCAGGCGGAAUAUCAAUACAACGAAUUUAGAUCGCGUGAAGAAUACUAUAGUGUCCAAAGUCAAAAGCUACAGGCUGAAGUUAACGCUCAUUUAUACUCCGUAUCUCAACGACUUCCUCACUUGUCGUACAGUCCCAUUGGUCGUCACAAUGAUUGGGAGAAACAUGAUCCUCACAAACCACUGCAGCCCGAUUCUAAAGAAAGCAACAGUUCUGAUUCUUUGGAAAAAAGUGUUAUGGGCUCAAACCUCAGCAGUUGUUCGAAUCAAACCGGAUCUAGUAGCAUAGCGGCUGGCUCCUUCAGCACUACUGAACCUAUCACCAGCGGAGGCAGCUCUUCGAGUGCUAUAUCACCACCACUACCAGGAUCAUCAGGAAGCACGACGUCCUCAUCAACUGUGUCUUCAAAUCCAGUCACCUGCAUUUACCUCAUGUCACGAACAGCUAUCAUGGUUGAGAUGAGUUCAGAAGAAGUUCCUGCGUGCGUCACAGCAGCGAGAUUCUUAAACGCCGUGUUGGCCACUGAGGAGCUGGGUUUAACUCAGCCUAGCACGAGAAGUCUGGCUGCUAGUGUAUUUGCGCUUUGGAUGUGUAGCCCGUUAUUAGAAAUUCAAUUGAAACCACAUCACUGCCCAUGGCGAAUUUGGUCAGGCUGGCAAAAGCUCCUUCAUCGUUAUGGGCACGGAUCGGAGUCCAAGACUGCAAAAGAUCAACCAGUUCUUAGAUUGCAGAGAAAUAUCUUCUUUCCAAAGCAUUUGGAGGAAGGGAUAAAAGAUUCUCGCAUACAAGAACUGUUAUACGAAGAAGCAAGACACAACGUAGUCACAGGACGUUACCCUCUCGAAAGUGCACAAGCUGUGAUGCUCGGAGGUUUACAAGCUAGAAUACAAUUAGGCCCUUAUGAUCCUCAUCGUCAUACUGCGAAAUUUUUCAGAGAAAACCAAGAUAAAUAUUUACCUCGACAUGCACGGUCAGGUAGAUGGGCGCAACUCUUACCUGCUGGACGUAAAGGAAGUCCUGAAGCGAAACUGUUGGAGCAAACCCAAAGACCACCAGCUGCUCCUCCGAGGAAAUUGCGACAUAAAUAUUUAUCUCAUUGUCGGACCUUGCCUACUUAUGGUGCCGCAUUUUUCCAAGGACAAAUAGAGCAACCAGUGCGUAGUCUUACUAGCUUGCUCACACAUGAAGACAUCCCAGUUCUAGUGGCAAUUAACUCUAAUGGUGUUUAUGUUAUUGACGACACUGAAAGUACGGUGCUAUUAGGUCUGCUGUACGAAGAACUAUCGUGGGACAUGGGUCUACCUUCAGACGACAACGAAGACUGCCUCCCUUGUCUUUUCCUUCAAUUCAUGGUUGUUGAGAAUGGAUUGCGUGUUUCUAAAAUACUACAGGUAUUUUCAAAGCAAACAAUUAUGAUGGACACUUUGAUCGAAUAUUUCGCUGGUGAAUAUCGAAAAAGACUCGGCCAGGAGACACCCAGUGAUCACGCCAACUACGACUACCAUUCUGAUUCCGGAAGCAUAUCUCUUCCACCACUGUCUAGACCAGACUCUCCGCAGCGUCGGUUGGCCAACAAGCUGUCUCGUCUGGCGUUAGCCACUCACGACGGCCGAGGAAAUUUACUCGGCGGUGCUGGGGACUGGAACACGGAUCUUAACCAUCCACAACCUUCAUGGAUACUACCGAAACAUUAGACAUGAAACGUUCUGAACAACUCAAAUUUGAAUCUGCAUAAGAUCUUUUUACCUUAUUUAUUGUUCAAUAUUAAAUAGCCAUAUCAAAAUUGUAUUAACAUUAUGUUGUGUUGUUGAAUCUCGUUUC